UUAGCAGAACAGAGCAUGGGAGUUAAACACACAGAAUACAAUCGAAAGAUUUGUUAUCUAGAAACUUACCAUUAGCUAAUUUAGUUUUUUCUGUUUAUACUUUGUUUAUUUAACACUCUAACUUUAUCUCUUUAAAACUAGCUAGUUAACUCUGGUUUAUACAGGGCCAAGAACUAAAAACGUGUCGAUGUUUCAUUCAACUUUUACCAAAGUAUUCGUUAUGUAAUUACUUAUUGUCUAUUAAUUCAGCACUUAUUGUGAUAGAGUUCUGUUGUUCAGUUCUGAUGUAACACCUGACACUUUUAAGGCUUUUAAGUUAACUUAGUUACAAUAUACAAUAUUUAGUCUAACAAGAAGAACAAAAAUAGGUGUUUUACAAGAUAAGUAAAUGUUUUUAAGUGAGUGGUUAAAGAGAAUAGAUAGAGGCAGCAUAAAUAGAAAGCAGGUUAAAAUAAACAAAUGAAUAUACUUUUGGUAAAAGACAAGCGAGCAAUACAACGACAAUAUAUUAACGUUAACAUGAACUACUUAUUAACGUCUUAUCAAUAUUGUACCGUUCUUUCUUUUCAAGAUGCACAGGACGUCCAUGUGCAAGGGCUAAAUAAGCAGUUCUGCUAAGCAUCACUGCUGGAUAUAACAUCUCUACCCUGUAAUGAACAGAACUUCUCAAAACAUUGCAGUUAUUCCUGUGGAAUCUUGCUUUUUGUUCAACUAUGUCCGAACUUACUCUUAACUUGAACUUCAGUGGCCCUGGCCAUAACGAGAGCCAAGAGAAACCCAGCGGUAACGCCAGACACCAACAAUUUCUUAGAAAGAGGCGCUACCUGGAGCAUAAGGGGUUUCUGAAUAACAAGCAAAACAAAAAUAACACCCAAAAAGGAAAAGACAAAAGAGAGAAAUUGCAAAAAGAAAGGAAAAGAAAUGACCAUGCACAACCCAGUGCUGUUUUCCCCAAAUUUACUACUCUAAAGCCCGAAUUGUCCACAAAUCCCUCCAAUACCAUGCAGGCCCACCAUGGAAACUCUGCAACCAUCAAGGAAUUUUCAGUGGCUUCAAAGUCAACAUCUAAAGCAGGAUCCAGUUCAGCAUUGCUCAACCCGUUGAAAUAUGUCGCCCUUGACUGUGAGAUGGUAGGGACAGGUCUCAAAGGUCAUUGCAGUGAACUGGCCCGCUGCAGCAUAGUCUCCUAUGAUGGGGAUGUAAUUUAUGACAAAUUCAUCAAGCCGGUUAAUCCAGUCACAGAUCUUCGCACUCGGUGGAGUGGAAUAAGAUGGCAUGAUCUUCGUAAAGCAACACCCUUUGAACAAGCCCAGAGAGAGAUUUUAAACAUCCUCACUGGGAAAGUGGUUGUGGGCCAUGCUAUUCAGAAUGAUUUUAAGGUUUUGAAAUAUUCCCAUCCUGUCCACUUAUUGCGAGACACCUCACGGAUUCCCAUUCUGAAUCAGAAAGCUGGUCUUCCUGAAAACCAACCUGCCUCCCUGAAGACCCUGACAAAGCUUCUGUUGAACAAGAAGAUACAGACUGGAAAAAAGGGCCAUUCUUCAGUAGAAGACGCAAAAGCCACCAUGGAGCUAUAUAAAACAGUAGCAGUAGAAUGGGAGAGGACUUUGGCUUCAAGAACUGCUUUAUAAAGGAAAAAACUGCCAAGUGUUUUUCUUAAUUAAAGUUAAAUUUUUUAAAAAUGA